CAGUCACUCGGCGCUGUUUAGUUGCACUCUGAUCGUCCGUCACUCAAUCCGAAAUGGCUCCCCUAGCGCCGACCAUAACGUUGAACAAUGGCCAAAAGAUGCCCGUGCUGGGUCUGGGCACGUGGUUGUCCCGCGAAGGUGAAGCUAUCGACGCGGUCAAAGCAGCCAUUGACGCUGGGUAUCGGCACAUUGACACCGCCUACUUGUACGCAAACGAGAAGGAAGUUGGCCAGGCGAUUCGCGAGAAGAUCGCAGAAGGCGUGAUCAAGCGCGAGGAUGUUUUCGUGACAACCAAGCUGUGGAACAACUUUCACGAUCCUCAGCACGUUGAGGAAGCGUUCAAUCGAUCGCUGGCCAACUUGGAUAUCGGCUACAUCGACCUGUAUCUGAUGCACUCGCCGAUGAGUUUCAAGUUUAUCGAUUGGGCGGCCCCGAAUCCGGAUUCUCCAGUGGCGCCGGAAUUUACCGAGGUGGACAUUGUGGACACGUAUCGUGCCAUGGAGAAACUGUUGAAAACGGGGAAGGUCAAGGGCAUCGGUGUGUCCAACUUUAACAGUGAACAGGUGAAGCGAAUUGUGAACGAGUGUGAGAUAGUUCCAGUGACCAACCAGGUUGAGUGCAAUCCAAAUCUGAACCAGCGGAAGCUCACGGAGUUUUGCAAAAAGUUGAACAUUACAAUCACCGCGUACAGCCCUCUUGGGCGUCCCAAUUAUUACGAGAAGGACCCAGUCAACACCCCCAAGCCAGCCCUGGACGAUCCUCGUGUUCUGGAGAUCGGCAAAAAGUACGGAAAAACUCCAAGUCAAAUCAUCCUUAGAUACCUGGUGGACAUCGGAACCAUCCCGGUGCCAAAAUCAGCAAACCCCGAUCGUCUCCGUCAGAACAUCGACAUUUUCGACUUCAAGCUGACCCCCGAGGAGAUCGCGAUCAUGGACGGCUUCAACACCGGGACACGAUCGGUCCCGUUCGCCGUGUGGGCGCCCCACAAGUACUACCCGUUCAACACCGAAUUCUGAGCAAAUAAACAUCAAAUUGCCGUGGCAAUCAA